GAAUUUUUUUUGCCUUGUGGCACGCUCUCGCUCGCACGUGUCUGCAACAGAGAGAGAAACGAAUGCUAUAUAAACACAAGCGAUGAGAGGAAAAUUACCAUUUACAUCAGAGACAACAGAGACUUCACACACACACGAGAUGAGUUCACCGUCCUUUAUCCUGCCAGAUAGCCCGCCUCCGCAGCAUGUGCUAAACUACUGGCAGCGCAAAGCUGCUGAGUCCUGUGCCAGCUCUUCUGCUGCUGCUGCCGCCUCCGCUCCUGCCUCCGCUCCACACCGUCCAACAUCACCAGGGGGCGAGAUGGUGAUUCCGGACAGCCCCAUCCAACGCUUGCGUCCAGCAGCUACGUGGGCGCCGCGGCGUGCUGUGUUGACGACGCUGUCAAACAACAUCAGGCAGAGGCAGGCAAAGAGGAAACUCGACUUCGAGGAGGGUGAAGUCAGCGGCGAAGAGGAUGGCGUGCUCCCUCAAUCAAAGAAACGUAUGCUGGAUGAGGACUCCUCUCUCGUACCCUUAAUAAAGGAGGCUGAAUUGGACUUUGUAGAACUCGUUAACAAACCACUACCCAAGCCAUGGGUCCCAUUGCGGGACAGCAGCAGCAGCAGCGACGAGGAUGACGAGCAUGCACAGCUUGCAGUACGCCGCCGUCGCCCACUAGAGGAGGAUGAUCACCGCCGCCAAUGGCCUGUCAUGGUGGUUCACCCUUCACCGCGUAUGGUGGUGGUAGAUCCUGUGCCGCCUUCACCACCACCACCGCCCGAGGUAAAUAUUGCUGAGUGGGAGGUAGAAUCACCGCCUUCCGCAGAGGAUAUUCAGGAGGCAGUAGCAUUGCCUCCGAGGAGGAGUGGGGGGCUGAAGUAG